UUCCUUUUAUAUUCAUUAAAUAUUUCAGAUCAAAAGGGAGAUAUCUAUAAUGAAGCUUGUUAGACAUCCUUACGUUGUUCGUUUGCACGAGGUUAUAGCAAGUCGAACUAAGAUCUAUAUAAUCUUGGAGUUCAUUACUGGUGGUGAAUUGUUCGAUAAAAUAAUUCAAAAUGGUCGUCUUAGUGAAGCUGAAGCUAGAAGAUAUUUCCAACAGCUUAUUGAUGGUGUGGAAUUUUGCCAUAGUAAGGGAGUCUACCACAGAGAUUUGAAGCCUGAAAAUCUUUUACUUGAUUCCCAAGGAAAUUUAAAGAUUUCAGAUUUUGGCCUUAGCGCAUUGCCAGAACAAGGAGUUAGCCUACUUCGGACGACGUGUGGAACUCCCAACUAUGUGGCACCAGAGGUUCUCGGUCACAAGGGUUAUGAUGGUGCUGUGGCAGAUGUCUGGUCUUGCGGUGUCAUCCUUUAUGUUCUGAUGGCAGGUUAUCUUCCAUUUGAUGAGCUUGAUCUCACCACACUGUAUAGUAAGAUUGAGAGAGCUGAGUUUUCUUGCCCUUCUUGGUUUCCUGUGGAAGCAAAAUCCUUGAUUCAUAGAAUUCUAGAUCCAAAUCCUCAAACUCGCAUUACAAUUGAGCAAAUCAGGAGUGAUGAGUGGUUUAAGAAGAACUACGUUCCUGUCAGACUUUUUGAGUAUGAGGAUAUUAACUUGGAUGACGUAAAUGCUGUGUUUGAUGAUCCUGAGAUUGAUAAGGAAGAAAGGGGUAAUGAGCCACCAAGAAAUGAUGAUAGUGGUCCUUUGAAUCUUAAUGCAUUUGACUUGAUCAUUCUUUCUCAAGGCUUGAAUCUUGCAACACUUUUCGACCGAGGGAAGGACACCAUGAAGUAUGAGACACGAUUUGUUUCACAGAAGCCAGGAAGGGUUGUUCUAUCUAGCAUGGAGGUUGUUGCUCAAUCAAUGGGCUAUAAGACACACAUUCGCAAUUAUAAGAUGAGAAUUGAAGGUCUUUCAGCUAGCAAGACUUCUCAUUUUUCAGUUAUCCUUGAAGUUUUCGAGGUUGCUCCCACGUUUCUGAUGGUAGAUCUACAAAAAGCAGCCGGUGAUGCAGGAGAAUACCUAAAGUUUACAAGACAUUUUGUAGCAACCUAGAGGAUAUCAUUUGGAAACCGCCUAAUGAAUCAAGUAAAUCAAGGAUCACCAAAUCCCGAAGUAAAAGACGCUGAUCCUUUAACAUCGCCAGUAC